AUUCUCCAAAAUAAGUCAAGUACCAUCUGGAUUUCUUAUUUGAUCGUGAAUCUGCGUACAAAGGAACAAGGGAGGGGUCUGUAGGAGUUCUCCAAAGCAGUAAGGUGACGAUUCAGAGGUGAUUCAGAGGUCGGACCUGGUGGCGAUGGAUUAGUCAACAGAGGCAAGGAUAUGGGGAGGAAUGCGGCGACGUGCUGGAGGUUGAGCAUCUCACCGCAGACCUUGUUGGGGUUAAAAUCAACGAACGGGAGUUCGACGAAGAGGUCUUGAGUGAGGAUGGUCUGGGCAAUGACCAUGCUGACAUUGCCGGUGCCGGAGAUCUGAGAAAGAGACGAAGACGGAAGAGGGAGGGUAUUUUUCUUUGGGUUAAUCCAAUCAUGUGUGUUUCUCACCUUCAGUUGAAUCCCUACAUCUUCAUUGUCCUCCUCCCUUAGAUCUAUAAAUGAUCACGUGUCAUCCAUCCAGCCCAUGCCACAGCAGCACACCCCCGAGCUGUAGAGGAGUCGAAUCCCAAACUUUCACCCUUGAUUGAUACGUUCAAUUUCUAGUGUAAGGGCCACGCUGCCUUUAAUGGAACCUCUUAAAAAAAUUAAGAAAUGAAGAAAUAAUGAAACGGGCUCCGCAAGUCGGGUUAACUCAAAUGCGAAGACUGCGGGCGAGGCGGGGAGGACAGUUGGACGGAAAAGUGGUUCGGGGUAGGAUGGCCGGAGCGGGGCCGUGUGUGUUCUGUCAGAUCGCUCGUUCCUCCACCUCUACGCAACUCCUUCACUCUGAUGAGAAGGUCGUCGCCUUUCAAGAUAUCAACCCUUCCGCAUUCAGGCAUUAUCUGGUCAUUCCUGUGGAGCACAUUUCAACAGUCAACGAUCUCCAAAGGAGAACGAAUGAUUAUCAAUUGGUGAGCCAUAUGUUGGCCGUGGGACAAAUUCUACUACACAAAGAUGCACCAGACUCGAAGCAUUACCGAUUUGGCUUUCAUCAGCCUCCAUUGAAUAGUGUCAACCAUCUCCAUCUCCAUUGUUUAGCACUUCCCUUCAUACCUGGAUGGAAACAUAUAAAAUACACUUCUCUAGGACCCUUUGGUGGAUUCGUCAAGGCCGAGAAGUUGCUGGAGAAGCUAAAGCCAUAAGCAUCUGACUAGUUGUAAAUAUCAUAGUGUACCAGUGCUGCUGUCGCUUGUAUAGCCAUAACACAAGGCUUUACACACGUUCAAAUUCUUAGUUUGUUUUGACCUGGUUCUUGGAAGCAGUGUGCUUUUGCUAAUUAUCCAGGCAAUUAUUAGUAGGCAUUAAGAAACUCAGUAUUUGAGCUUUGAUCGUGAAACCUUGAAGUUUUGAGUUUUAUUGAAUAUGAGGUCAUUUAUAUCAGGCAUGUGCAGACGUUCUAUCAAUGUUAUUGCAUCUUCCUAUGGUUGCAUUGGCAACUACUUGGGCAGCCUCUGUUUCCUUGGGAUCUGAUCAUGGAACAGAAUAUCUCUACUUUUUGUCACCAUGUUCAGUUCAGGUUAGCCCUGUUCUGGACCAGCUAUUAUUACCCAUGUUUAUAGAAAUUGCUCACCGUGAUUAUAUGUAUUUAAAUGUUGAGGCAAAUCAAAUUGCUAUGUUGUGCUUCA